AUGUCAACCACUCUUAUGACCCGCGACACAGGCGCUUCCUCUCCGCCACAAUCCAUUCUUCAAAGAGAUGAAAAAUGCCAAAGCUUUGUCAAAGCCAUGGCAUCCAUCUUGGAAUCUCCUCGAUCUCCGGGAUCUCCUCCUCCCUUGUUGUUGAUGGUGAGCUUUGAGAGUGCACGUUCUCCAUCGAACACUUGUUCGAACAAUUCAACGAACCAAACGAUGCGCUCACCCGAACAGCAGCAACAAACGCAAUCGGAAAAAGAACAAAGUGACUCUUGUGGUGGUGUCAGGAAGGAGAAAUUAGAAACAACGACAAAGACAACAUCCACGGCAACAUUAAUAGAAGAAGAGAAAAAAAUUUCGAAUUCGACUAAUAAUCAAGAAAACAGUGGUGUCAUUCCUCCACCGCCACCUUUGAUACCUAUUGUUGUCACCAACAUCACAACGAGAAACACGUUCAAACUGUCAAAAAUUCAUGACACUCCUUCAAAAACAAAAUUAGGAGAAGCUUCGUCGCAUUCUUCUUCUCAAAUCUCCAAGUCGAUACCAACCACAGAAACAUGUUCAACAAUAUCACGAACUGACCACACAUCGAAUGACUACAUUUUGACAAAUUGCCAAAAUGAAGCGACAGAAUCUGAAAAGAGUAUUCAAAAGCAAAAUAUUGCCUUAUUGAGAAGUAUUGUCAUGAAGAAUAAGGUUACAUCUAGUAGUGGAAGUAGCAAUAGUUCCGUUAGGUUUAGCCGCAGUGAAACUUCAAGUUCCAAUAAUUUGCAAUUGGGAGAUUCUAAAGUUAUUGUUCAUUCAUGCUCAUCAUUGAAAAAUAAUGAAGAAAGCGAGGAUGUAGAAGAUGAUCAUUUAGUGGAACAAGUGUUAAGCUCUCCUUCUUCAAAUUCAGUUUUUGAAAAAGCAACAGGUUCAAAUUUUCGAGAAACUUUUUCACAACCAGUGGAUACGUUUAUGGAAGACACCGUUCAGGAUUUACAACAAGUGGAAAAUCAUAUACAGAGGAUCAUUGAGACAACUCUCGUGGACCUUUCAAAAAGUAACUUGACAUGUAAUAUUGAAAACCUCAUGAAAGCUGAAAUUCCAUCCGCACUCGAUCGAAUUCUUUCUUGUCUCAUGAAAGCAAAUGAUUACAUGCGAGUAAGGUUUUCUGAAAUUGAGACUGUGAUUGAUGACAUUCAGGCAAAAGCUAAAAUACUAUCCAAGGAAAUACCAUUGGAGAGACAUUUUCAAGCACAUGCACAAAAUAAGACAUUAUUCAGUGACUUGACCUUAGAGCUCGAUAUUGAUGAUCUGAAGAAGAAGGGCACGAUUGAAUUAAGCGAGACAGACUUUUCAUCAAGCGUCGUCAAGCAAAUCUACACACGAGUAGCAAUGGUGGAUUUAUCAUUUCCUUCGUAUUAUCAAGUCCUGAAAAAUGUUGGAACACCGUUAGAAUUUGAUGAGACGGAUCUUGUAGUGGAUCAUAGAAGCAGUGUAAGCAUUUCUUAUCCAACAAAUAGGAAUAGUCUUGCAAGGCCAACAAGUACAACAGCCACUGAUUUAAGUACAUCCUCUCCUUCUGCUUCUAAUUCUUCAUCAACGCAACAAGAUGCGUUGUCACCAGUGAGUGUAAGAAUUUCCACAUAUUAA